AUGGUCAGUCACAUUCCCUCAGAUACGAGACGCUCUGGUAGCGAUAAGGAUGGCUUGAAUUUGCCAUCUUUCAGGGACCUUGUGUCAUUUCGUGGUACCGUUGCACGAACCAAUACCACUGAUGCAUCAUUCUCAACGCGCGGGCACGAAGAGGCCAACGUCACAACAUCGUUGCCUCGACGUCAUGUCGAAGAGUCAUUCAAAGUGGUUGGCGUUCAGCGUGCCGAACAUCGCGCUGAUCAUCGACACACGACACAGCAUCUUCCGCACCGUGGUCGUCAACAGGUUCGUUCCGAAGGAGUAUUGCAAGAACAAUGUCACUCGUCCCUGACCCGCAACCAACGCUGCGACGUUUUGCCUUCAUGCCAGUCUCGAAGCGGAGAGCGUUAUUAUGCGCAAGAUGUCGAUUUCCGAAGCGUGCAGCCCCAUGCUGAGCGGGCACGCGAAGGCUAUGAACAUCCCUGUCAAGAUAGAGUCGAUUCGCGCACUUUCUCAAAGUCUGAGCCGCCACGGCGUGAGGUCGCUCCAACAUCGCACGAGAUGGUGCGUACUACGGAAAAGUACCAACCUAUCGCCCCUUACCCUUCCAACGGCCGGUCGACGAGAAUCGAGACCUCGAAGGUGCCCGAUAUCUCGCGGACCGUUGAGAGUGACCGUCGACGAUUACAGGUUCAGGUCGUCAAGCCCCCGGCACCACGCUCCGACUCGCGCUGGCAGCCUUAUACCCAAAACGAUCAUCCCCACCGAUCGCUGAGCGGUCAAGUCUCAGAGAGGCAUCACCAAGAAGAGACCAUAUUAGUACGACCACAGCCACUAGGCACACAGCAUCAUCAUGUGCGUCCCUCGCUGGCACCUCCAAGCUCAUCCUUCAACCAUCUUCGGAGAGAAGUCAGUCCUCGAUCCAAGCUUUAUCUUGUCGGAAGCGAAGGAAAAAAGUUCAACCCUGCUUGUCGUCACGAAGAGUCUCCGCCACUACCGAGCCGUCACGACCGAGCCAGAACGUUCGAUUACUCUUGCGCUCGUCUACCAAACGAGAUAAGCAUGCGGCCUCCAUUGUCAAAGGCUCGCCCGCCCAAUACAUGGACGGAUCACUCUCACUCUGAAGAACGACACCGACAGGCAGACGAUCGUCGGCCAAGCAUGCAGUUGACUUCUUCGUCGGCUUACGCCGAAGAACAGAGGAUGUACACCGCUCUUCAUUCGCUCUACGGAAGCGACGUCAGGGAUCGAUUGGCAGGUCAGAGGGAGCCGGAGCGUGUGACCAGUGCAAUUGUGGAGAAUUACAAGCGCAAUGGGCAUGAAAGAGUGAAGGGUGGGGUGUCGGGCCGAGCAGUAGCUGGAGCUGCAAGGAGAUUCGAUCAGGGCUUGAUGCAUGACCAUGGAGCUGCUCCGGGUGUAGAUGUUCGAAAAGACCAUGACGGGAGGACUUCAUCAGGUUUGCUCGAGCGACAUGCCUCGAGACCUGUUGCAGCGAAGCAAGAAGGUCAACUCGGGCCGACGGUAGUUUCGCCCAGCUCGUGCAAAUCCUAUCGUCCGAGUCAUGGUCGACCAGAGCCUGCUCUCCAUCUCGAUCGGCGCUACGAGAGCAUCGAUCCGGCAGGACGAUCAUCAGAUGGUGAUCAGCACAGGAGCGAUCACAAGAUUCACGAACAUGAAGCGGAGCUAUACAGCGCUCGCGUGCCGCAUACACCAGGACAACGCCGAUUGCAACCAAGCAGACGUGCUCAAGACGAUCUUCUAUGGACUCAAAACGCAGGGGAGCGAGUCUACAGCCCUCAGGUCAGGAUCCCACCAGCGCUUCCUCUGCCUCGUAGCGCUACACCGGUGGGUACCGUCCUUCAUCAAAUACGGGCUGACCAGAUGGACUCUCAUGCAUCUUCCUCUGCGCAGUAUGAAAUGAGCAGCAGGGCCUCUGGCUAUCAUCGACCAAACGGGAUCAAAGUGUCAGCAUCGGCUCACGAACAGUGGCAUGUACAGGCGUCGAACGAGCAGGAAUCCCACUCCAUCAGUGGAUUCGACGAUCCCAUGCGUUCCGCAAAACAAGUUCCGAAGGAGGGACGGUGCUUUCUGACUAGAGACAACGCGGAGGAACACAUGGACCGUCGUACAGCAGAUCCGGAGCAACAUCGCACAAGUCGGCCUGCCGUCGUACACCAAUCAGAUAAGUCACCUUCCCACCGUCUACUGCCUGCAACUCCCAUUCAUCGGACUACGCAAGUGUUGCAUCGCUCGUCGAGCGGCAGAAUCCCCCAAGCAUCUCGAUCAUCCCCACACUCUCUUCGCAGCAGAGGAGACGAUGCUCGUUAUGAUCAUCAAACACAAGCAGCCGAAGUCAUGAGCCAUUCGAAGAAUCGUCAUCCAGUUCAGCCCGUCCAUCGUCCCGCACCAAGGAUAUCACCGCUCGAAGAUCCUCCGAUCGUCCACCGCAGCCGGGCCCUCCCGCCAGUCAUCGCGUCCCAGCAUACCAGCCUUCAUCAAGCCCAACCUGCCUCUCACGAGCAUGACCAUCACUCAGCUACUGCUAUGCCUGCCCCGCCCACACGACCGAUGAAACGCCAUCGUGCUGAUUCGGACACCUCGCUCGUGAUCAAAGCAUCCCGUUUCACCGUAGUCGAUGAACCUCGACAAGCCGAUGUACGCGGCCCGUCUUGUGGGCUUCGUUCUCCGCCGAGGCAUCUCCGUGCUCCGGAGAGGGAAUCCGGGAGCAGGCAACAAAGGCAUUUGGAUGAUCUGGACGAUGCGAGGGAUGCACAGAGGUUUUCUGGCGAGUCGGAUGCACAGAGUAAAAGUGUCAACGGGUCCGCUCCCAUCACUCCUCCGCUUUCAUCGACCUGA